AUGGCGAGAUUUCUCUCAUUGCACGUUCUAUUAAUCGGGUCUGUAGUACUAUAUAUUAUUCUUGGAGCUAUUGUAUUCCAGAUGCUUGAAGGAGAGCAUCUUGAUACUCUGAAAAAGGAACAUAUGGAUCGGAUAGAUCAGAAUGCAAAAGAUUAUGUAGAUCGGUUGUGGGAUUUGACUAAAAAAGAAAAAGACAAAUUUGACAACGUAGACGAUUUAAUAAAAUCUGUAAAAGCAAAAACAUCAGACGACUUUUUCGACUAUGUGGAUACUGUAUUCUAUGCUCAUCGAGCAGUGAGACAUGGAUAUGAUGAGGAUUCCCCUACAUGGGACUUCGCAAAUUCGGUGUUUUUUACCACUACCAUGCUCACAUCAAUCGGCUAUGGUUAUGUGGCACCGAGCACUUUUGGAGGAAGGCUUUUCGGAGUGAUUUAUUGUUUGAUAGGAAUCCCUCUAACUUUGGUAACAGUUGCAAACGUUGCUAAAUUUCUCUCCGAAACAAUAUUCUUUCUUCAUUAUGAACUUUGGAAUAAAUGUCUCGAGUGGAAGAGAAAGCGGAAAGGAGAAGUAGAAGCAGAUCCAGCUCAACCGAUGUUUGGAGAUGAUGAAAAUGAAGAGGAGAUCCUAGAUCGUGUUCGAUUAGUACGAUUCCCCCCGUUGACAGUAUUUAUGUUUGUUUUCGUAUACGGGUGUAUUGCUGCGUGGGUAGUACGGUACUGGGAGACGUGGACUUAUGUGGAGAGUCUCUAUUUUAUAUUUAUCAGUAUUCUUACAGUAGGUUUCGGAGACAUUCGUCCAUCACCAGGAAAUAUUUGGGUUACUUUGGCUUUUGUAGUCGUUGGUGUGAUUCUAACCACUAUGUGUAUGGACGUCGUCGGCAGAAUGUAUUUGAAGGAAAUUCACUAUUUGGGUAGAAAACUCAAAAGUAAUAACCCAUUCUACCUGCUGAGAGAGGCAAAAGCCAGAAGACGUCGAGCAGCGAUGGCGUCAUUAUUGGCUCAACUAGCGAAAGGGAUGAUAUUUGCUCACAAAGAUUAUAAUGAGUUGGCGAGGAAAAAAUCAAAGAGGAAGAAGGAAAAACGACGUGGAAGUCAUGUUUUGCCAAACGAAAAGUUCAUGUUUGCUCGUCUCCCACCAGAUCCACCGAGUGAUUGUCAAGUUGUCAGCACUUCAGCGUAUUCUGUCAGACUUGCAUGGGCGCCUCCGUUCUCCCCGGACCCAGAUUUGACUUAUAACAUCAGAUAUCGUUUGAAGCAUAAUGAAGAUGCGAAAGUUCGAGAACUUCGAGGAAUUAAAGGGAAUACAGUGGAGAUAAUGAGCGUCGAUUCUUGUUCUCUUUAUGAAUUCAGAAUCACUGCUCAUAACAAAUUUGGAGAGAGCAAAGCAGUAUACUUGGUGCAGUAUACAGAACCUCAAUUGAGUCCUCAACAUAUACUGGCAACUAGGCUGAAUGCCAACACUAUCGAGUUGACAUGGGAACCCCCCUACAAAAAAUCUCAUGAAGUCAAAAACUAUGUUGUCUAUUUCACAGAAAAUCCCAAUGCAUCUCUUUCCGAGUGGGAGAAAAUUCCAGUGAAUGGAAGAAGGGUAGUAUUUCCUGACUUACGCUUCGAUUGGUUCUACAUGUUUAGUGCCACCGCAGUCUUCAAAGACGGACAGAGAUCUCCAUUGUCACGAGCUCUAUUCAUAAAAACUGACAAAAUUGAGUUCCAUAAGCACUGUGUUGGUCACUCUAAAACAAUCGAUGUCAUGGAUUCGAUUUGUGAGAAAGAAGAAAACGAAACGACUGCCUUAUUGAAGCGUGAUUAUGUCUCUUUUGCUGUUUAA